AAGAUAUAUUCAUGUAGGUAUCUAAAACCCUAAAAAUAUUAAGUGUGCAUCGAAAUUUUUCUCGGUCCAGACGUGCGAGGUGUGCUUAAAAUAUCCUGUGUGUCAUUUGUUUUUAAUAUUUGUGAGAACAUUGAACUUUAGGGGACGAAGAAUAAGAAUUUUGACAAUAGACAGCUCAGAAGAAAGUUUAUAUCUACAUAACAAAAAUGCUAAAAAACAAGCUUUACCAAUAUGGCGACGAUAGUGGUAGAAUUCCCGCACACAUCCACUUUGGUAAAGAAGUUUUUGAUGCUAUGGUCAAAAACAAACAUAUAACGGCUUUGAUAAACGCAGACACAGGAGACCAAAUAUCUUACGAAGAAGUAGCUCAAAUGACAGCUGAUGUCGCUCUCUCGCUCACUCGUAUAGGAGUUAGAAAGGGAGAGGUAGUGUGCAUUUGCAGUGAGAAGAUAUUUGAAUAUUUACCUACUAUUAUUGGUAUAAUGUGCGCGGGAGCAACUUUCUCUCCUACCGAUCCAACUUAUGGCAGUUUUCCUCUUCUCCAUAGACUGAAAAUAGUCCGUCCCCGAGUCAUGUUUUGCUCCCGAAACGCCUACAAAACUCAUAAAGCAGUUUUUGAAGAAGUUGGCAGCAUAGAACAUUAUAUCCUGUAUGGAGAUGAAGAGGAACCUGGUACUUUGCUGUUUAAGGACUUCUUAACCGAGACCUGUAAGCUGGAAGACUUCGAGCCAGUUCCAGUCAAUGGGUGGGAAGACGUGGCUUUCAUAGUAUACUCAUCAGGCACUACGGGUCUUCCGAAGGGUGUUCCUGUGACCCAUUUGGCAUACUGUCUGAACGCUCAGAAUAUCGUUCCGGAUGACUACACAGGCAUCGGCAUCUACAGUUCCCGAGAGUUCUACUACACAUACGGGCUGAUGUAUGCACUAGCGUGCUUACGAGUGGCAGCCACUAUAGUGUACAAUACUUCUGGUGGGGAGAAGGCGAUGUUGGAGGCUGUGGAGAAAUAUAAGUUAAAAAUCUUGCAACUAGCGCCGAUGAUAAUCACAGAACUAAUCAAGUCGGCAAUAUUGGAUGAUUACGAUCUCUCCUCAGUGGAGUACGUGAUCUCUUCCAGUACUUAUAUCAGGGAGGAAGCUGUUAAUGAUAUUAAACGCAGGAUACCAAGUCUGAAAUCAGUUCUCCAGCUAUACGGGAUGUCUGAAGGUGGCAGCAUCUGCAACGAGCUGCUCUGCACCAAGGGUUCCAAGCCUGGUAGCUCCGGAGUACCUGGCUAUGGGUUUAUCAUCAAGGUGGUGGACUUGGAGACCAGAAAACCCUUAGGACCCAAUCAACGAGGGGAAAUCUGUAUCAAGGGACCCAGUCUUAUGAAAGCUUACCUGAACAACGUGAGCCCUGAAUGCAAGGAUGAAGAUGGUUUUCUGAAGAGCGGAGAUGUUGGCUAUUAUGAUGAAGAUGGGUACUUCUUUGUUGUAAACAGGAUUAAAGAGCUCAUCAAGUACAAUGAUAUAUCUAUACCACCAGCGGAAUUCGAAGCCCUGCUUCUUCAGCACCCAUCAGUCCGAGAGGUUGGAGUGGUGGGGAAACCUCACCACAAGCAUGGAGAGCUUCCAGUAGCGUUUGUGGUGCUGCAGCCAGGAUGCAAGGCUUCUGAAGAUGAACUGGUUCAGCAUGUUGAUAGUCGGGUAACCUUCCGAAUGCGUCUAGCUGGUGGCGUGCGAUUCAUUGACCGACUGCCCAGAGGUGCAGGCGACAAGUUGGACAGAAGAGACUUAGUACAGCGUCUGAUAGAUGAAGAUAAACCUGAUGGAAAUAUGGAUAAACCUAAUGGAACUGUUCUCAAUGGAGUCAGAGACAGGAUGUAGGAUUUUGAGCGGUUGGGGAAAGUUGUUCUAGCUAAAGGGAUGUGGGGUGCAGGGAACAGAUAGGUAAUAAUAUAAGGAUAGCUAUGAGAAUAUUAGGAUUAUUACACAUAAGUUAGAAUAUUUUAAGGAUUACACUUUAUCUAUGUAUGUACUUUUAACAUAUUAAGAGGAAAUAGUUUUUUUGUUUGUUUGUAAAAAAAAUGUGCUCCGUUGAAGACGUUUGAUCUUUAGUAUAUUAGUAAAGAAGUGUAUAAACUUCUUUUUUAAAUACCAGUUCACAGUGUUUAUGAUUUUUAUGAAUACGUUAUUUUAGAAAAUCAGACACAAUUGAUUUUCUAUUGUUUUAUAACUAGCGACAUACAAAUAACAAUAUAUAUUUUAAGA